AUGAGCAAAACUGGGAAGAAAAGUGCUGAAAGCCCUGCGUCAGUUCAUUCAUCGCCUUCUAAUGCUGAUAUAAUUAUGUUUCUGAAGAAAAUUGAAGGUAAAAUCGAAAACGUUGAAUUGAAAUUGAAAACGUUAGAUAAUUUGGAGAAGAAAGUUGAUAACUUUGAAAAUGAUUUGAAGAAAAUGUGGCUUAAUAUUCAUGAAAACAAAAAGUGUACUGACGAUAAAAUUAACAAGCUAGAAGAACGUGUUGAAGUUGUCGAAUUCUCGGGCUCAAGUAGUGAUUCAAAAAUAGAAGACCUUCAAAAAAGCAAUUCUGAAUUAAAAGGUGAAAUUUCAUAUCUAAAAUCGCAACAAAUGAGAAAUAACCUAUUAUUUGGAGGUGUUCCUGAAAUUCCUAAUGAGAAACCGGCAGACACGGAACAAAUAUUACGGAAGCAUUUGUGCGACAAUUUGAAGCUAGCGAAAGAAAUUGUAGAUGGAAUAAAGAUUGAGCGCGCACAUCGUAUAGGAUCUCAGGGUAGUGACCCAAAUAAGCGAUACAAUCGUAAAAUAGUAUGUAUGUUCUCAUAUUUCAAGGAUCGUGAACACGUCAGGAGGCAGCGUUUUAAUCUGAAUGGAACAAGUUUCUACUUGCACGAACAGUUUCCGCCAGAGGUUGUGAACAAACGCCGGCGAUUGAUACCAUUACUAAAGAAAGAUAAGGAUGAGCAUAAAGAAAUGUUCGUGAAGUUGGCAGCCUAG